AUGUCGUCUAAAUCUCAUUUGACAUACAGCGCUCGCGCCACCACUCAUGCCAAUCCGCUGGCUCGCCGGUUAUUCGAGGUUGCCGAGGCCAAGCAGAGCAACGUGACCGUCUCUGCCGAUGUGACCACGACCCAAGAACUCUUGGACCUUGCAGACCGUUUGGGUCCCUACAUCGCCGUGAUCAAAACUCACAUCGACAUCCUCUCCGACUUCAGCGAAGAAACCAUCACCGGGCUCAAGUCGCUCGCCGCCAAACACAACUUCCUCAUCUUCGAAGACCGCAAGUUCAUCGACAUCGGCAACACCGUCCAAAAGCAAUACCAUCAGGGCACCCUCCGCAUCUCCGAAUGGUCCCACAUUAUCAACUGCUCCGUUCUCCCAGGUGAGGGCAUCGUCGAGGCUCUGGCGCAAACCGCCCAAGCACCCGACUUCCCCUACGGCUCGGACCGUGGUCUUCUCAUCCUCGCGGAGAUGACGUCCAAGGGCUCUUUGGCAACCGGCGCUUAUACCUCUGCCUCGGUGGACUAUGCGCGCAAGUACCAGAGCUUUGUGCUGGGCUUUGUGUCGACGCGUGCGCUCGGCGAGGUUGAGAGCAGUGUUGCUCCUGUGAAAGGGGAAGAUUUCGUCGUGUUCACGACGGGUGUGAAUCUCUCAUCCAAGGGUGAUAAGUUGGGUCAGCAGUAUCAGACGCCGCAGUCGGCUAUUGGUCGUGGUGCUGAUUUUAUCAUUGCGGGACGGGGGAUCUAUGCUGCGCCUGAUCCCGUUGAGGCUGCUAAGCAGUACCAACAACAAGGGUGGGAGGCGUACCUUGCUCGUGUUGGUGGUCAGUAG